AUGGCAUCCACGGAGAAUAACUCAGAGGUGACGGAAUUCAUCCUGCUAGGACUCACUGACACCCCGGAACUGCAGGUGCCUCUCUUUGUAGUGUUCACCCUCAUCUACCUCAUCACCCUGAUAGGGAACCUGGGGAUGGUCAUGUUGAUCCUGCUGGACUCCCGCCUCCACAUCCCCAUGUACUUUUUCCUCAGCAACCUCUCCCUGGUGGACUUCUGUUACUCCUCAACAGUCACCCCCAAGGUGAUAGCCGGGUUCCUUAUUGGGGACAAGGUCAUCUCCUACAACGCAUGCGCUGCUCAGAUGUUCUUUUUUGCCGUCUUUGCCAGUACAGAAAAUUUCCUUCUGGCUUCAAUGGCCUAUGACCGCUAUGCAGCGGUGUGUUGGCCCCUACACUACACCACCAUAAUGACCACAAAGAUGUGUGCGCAUCUGGCCAUAGGCUCUUACGCCUUUGGAUUUCUGUCGGCUGCUGUUGACACUGGAAACACCUUUUCCCUCUCGUUCUGCAUGUCCAAUGUGGUCCAUCACUUUUUCUGUGAUAUCCCAGCAGUCAUGAGCUUGAGUUGCUCCAACAAAGACUUCAGUGAACUGAUGCUGCUUCUCCUGUCAAGCGUUUAUAUCUUGUUUGCUGUUGUUAUAAUCUUGAUUUCUUACGUGUUCAUAUUCAUCACCAUUUUGAAGAUGCACUCAGCUGAGGGCUACCAGAAGGCCUUUUCCACCUGUGCAUCUCACCUCAUGGCAGUUUCCAUAUUUUAUGGGACUGUCAUUGUCAUGUACUUACAGCCCAGUUCCAGUCAUUCUAUGGACACGGAUAAAAUUGCUUCUGUGUUCUAUACUAUAAUCAUCCCCAUGCUGAACCCUAUUGUCUAUAGUCUGAGAAAUAAAGAAGUAAAAAAUGCUUUCACAAAAGUGGUAGAGAAAGCAAAAUAUUCUGUAAAUUUAGUCUUAAAAUGA